CCCUUAAACUAGACAAAGGAUCCGAGCCGAAUCCCGAUCCCUCCGGCGUCCCACCUCACCCCUACAAAUCCGACGUCUGAUCCCAUCGAUCCUAGCAUCGAUUCCCCCACCUAACCUAUAUCUUUGAAUCCGCCUCGCGCGAGGGAGCAGUGGCGAUAGCCGAUGCGAGGGAGCGCGCGACGUCGGCGGCGGCGACCCCUACCUAACUUGUAGCUUCAAAUCCACCGCGUGCGAGCGAGUGGUGGCGAUAGCCGGCGCGAGGGAGCGCGCGGCACCAGCGGUGGCAACCCCCACCUAACCUGUAGCUUCGAAUCCGCCUCGAGCUCUAGAUUCGAUCCGCUUCGUCAUGAUGGUGGCCAUCGAUUCCCGUAAAAAAUGGCACCUGAUGAAGACGAUGAUGACCUAACUAGCAGGAUUGUAUGUGUCGACAUGCAAAACUCUCCCGUGCAGAAUGACCCAGUUUACGUUUUAAAACCAGUGGUGGUGCAAACUGCGAGGUAUCCACCACAGGCGCCAAUGAAUGAAAGAGUUACUGGAUGCAAUUGCGAACCUAUGCCGCGCCUGAAGAACCGUCAACACCAAUCAAGCGUCCUGGAGACAAUCAAUGAGGUGCAUGAUGGACCUGCACAAGAUGAUGAUGAACACAUGGAUGCUGCCAAUGAAAGUGAUGAUCACAUUGAAUGCUGGACUAAGAUUGUUCCUCAAGAUGACUGCGAGCGAGAACUCGAGCAAGUCUUUGUUCUAAGGCCUAAAACACGAUGUCCGCAAUAUCCACAAGCUCAAGAAGACCAGUCUAGUCAGAGCAAUGAUAAGGCAUGUGCAGAUACUUGUACAGACAACUGUGAGAAAGCUAGAACUGCACGUUGUUCUGUCGCCCAAAAAAAGAUAACAAAAAUGAUGUUCUGCUAACAUCAGCAGUUAGGUGUUCCACCAUCA